AUGCCAUCGUUCAAAGAAUCGUUCUACAGCUCAACCACGUCGUUCAAUACCUUCUUCUCAAGUUCUGUCUCCACGAUUCGCAGGAUGCAAAUCAACAAGAAUCUCAUACUUCUGGCCUUCUGCGCCGCCACAGCAUCCGCUGUUACCGUUCCCGAUACCGCUAUUGCCGACGAGUGCAGCAACCUCGGCGGUGUCAUGUCGAUCCCGGAUCAUGAGCUCCCCGAGGGCGUUAAACCCUCCGAUGUUCGCAGGUGUAUUGAGCACCCUCUCGGCCGCGAGCGUUAUCUUAAGGACGCCUCUUUGGCUCCCUGGGACGAUGCUGAAAUUGUCAAUACCCCGGGUCACGGGACCCAAGAAUAA